AAAAAUAUAUAUAAUAAUUGACUUGUAAGAUUUUUUAUAAGAAGAAUUAAAAAUUGUUUUAAGAGCAGCGAGAUAAUUAGCAGGUGUUGCUCUUGGAAACUAUAUCAAAACAUUGAAUGCAAUAGUUUGAUAACAAAUGAAUGUUAGAUCAUUAAUAGGUAGAUAAUUUCAGCAAUUACAAAUUUAUUGAUUUAUCAAUUUCAGUAGCGUGUGAAAAUGGCAAAAUCAACUUCUUGCAAAGAAGCGAUAGAAAAGUGGGAAAAUGAAACCGGGAAAAAAGCGAGUGUUGAAAAAGAAGUUCUCUUGUCAUUUCAGUGGCCUCCUAUUGAAAAGAUGGAUCACCAUUUGUCAUUAUUAAAAAAUCUUGAGAUGCUGUCUUUGUCAACAAAUAUAAUUGAAAAAAUAUCAAACCUUGAUUCACUGAAAAAUUUAAAAGUUUUGUCACUGAGUCGUAAUAAUAUAAAGACGUUAUCCGGAUUAGAUUCAAUCGGUGAUCAUUUGGAGGAGUUGUGGAUCUCAUAUAAUUUAAUUGAAAAACUAAAAGGCGUUCAUGUAUUAAGAGCGUUAAAAGUUUUGUAUAUGGGUAAUAAUUUAGUAAAAGAUUGGAACGAAUUCAAUCGGCUUCAAGAUUUAUCUAAUCUUGAAGAAUUAGUAUUUGCAAACAAUCCUAUAAAUGAAAACCUUGAAGUUGAAUCUUGGAGAUCACAGGUGAUACGAAAACUUCCUCAACUAAAAAAACUCGACGCUAUUCCAAUAAUACAUGAAGAUGACGACUAA